AUGCUAGAAUCUCUUUAUACAUUUUUUGGUAAUAGUAUACUUCGAUGGGCAAAAUUAAAAAAAGAAAGUUGUAAAAUUACCAGAUCUCUUAAGAGAUUGUGUCCUACUCGAUGGUCUUCUAGAAUCGAUUGUUUAGUAUCACUGAAUCAUAUGUACCCAGAUAUAAUGAAGGUACUAAAUAACAUUAUAUUAACUGGCUGAAACAAAUAUGAACAAAAUUACGCUACCACACUUAAAACAUAUUUUGAGAGUUAUGAAACAGUUAUUUUGAUAUUAUUGAUGUAUAAAAUAUUAUCAAAAAAAAUUAUUGCAUCAAAAAUAUUGCAGUCUCCUGGAGCUGAUAUUGGAAAUGCUGCAGAUUUGAUAAAAAGUACAUUGCAAAUUAUAGAAGCAAUUCGUAUGAAUAUUGAUAUUUUAAUUGAAGAAGUUAACGAUAAAGCAUUAAAAUGGAAUGUGACACCUAAAUUUUCAAAUAAACGAACAAUAAAAGUAAAACGUUUUUAUGAUGAGCUUUGUCAAGAUCAACGACAUUCACAAGGAUGUCAAUAUUUUAAAACACAGGUGUUAUAUAGGUGUAUUGAUACUGUUGUUACACAACUGCGAACACGAUAUGUUGGUCUUAAUGAAAUAAAUGAUUUAUUCAGCUGUAUUUUACGACGUGGAGUAAUAUCUGAUGACGACAUUAUUAUUGGUGCAAAAAAGUUGGCGGAUGAAUUUAAAGAUUUUAAUCCAGCUGAGCUAGCAAGGCAAAUUGAAUCAUUUAAUAUUCUGUUUUCUUCUGAGCUUGAAUCCUGUAAUAGUGUUUUUGAUAUGACUAAAUUAUUGGUUAUUGAGAAUUAUAAUCUAAUUACUAGUUUUCCAGACCUAUUAACAACAUUUUAUUUAUUUUUUACAUUAUUCCAGUAACAGUAGACAGUACAGAAAGGUCAUUAUCAAAGCUCAAAUUAAUUAAAAGCUACCAUAGAAAUACUAUGUCUCAAACACGUUUGAGUAGUCUCGCAAUGAUAUCAAUUGAAUAUGAACGCGCCAAAAGUUGA